ACCCCUGCGGGCGGGCGGCCCCCGCGCCCCCGCGCCCCGCGCCGGUCGGUCCUCUCUGCCCCGCGCGCAACCACGUUGUGGUCGUCCGCGCGGAGACGCGGCCUCGGUCCCUCCUGCGGCGGCCACGCGUGCCGGGGACACAGCGGAAGUGUUUCAGCAAAGAGGACUUGCUCCUGCCUCUCCGGUCCCCAGCCGGGCUCUGCCCGCCUCCUGCUCCCUGGCUUCUUCUCAGCUGUGACGGGCCUCAGAGCCUCCCAGUCGCUGAGGAGCUCCCUGGUGAGACCUGGGGCAGUGGACUCUCGGUCGAUCUGAAGACAAGCCUGAGUGCACGUGCCCUGUGCAGCCCCCGGCGGCUCUGGCUCUGCUUCUCGUGGUGACCGAGCUCCUUUCCUCAGCAGCCUAGCCUCUGCCUCCGCGCCCUGCUGGGGAGAGGCAGUGUCAGGGGCCAUGUUCGUGCCAGCCGGGACCACGGCGUCCUCUCCUCUGCCAGCAUCCUCGCACCUGGGCAGUGGCCGUGACCUAUGCUGCCCGCCCUCCAGAUAAGCUGGUUCUCCUGGGCAGGACCCCAGCAUGUCAUCUUCCACCAAACCCGAGGCUCCGGAGAGCGCUCCCGACCCUGCAGAGGAGCCCAAGGGACAGGCGGCUCUAGCCUGGGGCGCUCUUCUCGGUCACCGAAGCGAGAAGAUGGCCUUCACCAGGAGCGCGGGCAGCCCGGAGGAGAGCCUGCUCACUGUCACCAUCACGGAGACCACAGUCCUCGAGUCAGGCCUGGGCGUGUGGAGCCCGCGGGCCCUCAGCUACCUGUCGCUCUGGUUCUUCCUUAGCUUCUGCACGCUGUUCCUCAACAAGUACAUCCUGUCCCUGCUGGAGGGCGAACCCAGCAUGCUAGGUGCCGUGCAGAUGCUGUCGACCACGGUCAUCGGGUGUGUGAAGAUGUGCCUGCCCUGCUGCCUACACCAGCACAAGCCCCGGCUGGCCUACCCACCCAACUUCAUCGUGACCAUGCUCUUUGUGGGCCUGAUGAGGUUCGCAACAGUGGUUCUGGGGCUGGUCAGCCUGAAGAACGUGGCAGUGUCCUUUGCCGAGACAGUGAAGAGCUCUGCCCCUAUUUUCACCGUGAUCAUGUCUCGGAUGAUCCUGGGGGAGUACACGGGACUGCUGGUAAACCUGUCCCUCAUCCCCGUCAUGGGAGGCCUGGCCCUGUGCACAGCCACUGAGAUGAGCUUCAACAUCCUGGGCUUCUCAGCUGCAUUGUCCACCAACAUCAUGGACUGUUUGCAGAAUGUUUUUUCAAAAAAGCUCCUCAGCGGGGACAAAUACCGUUUCUCGGCCCCGGAGCUGCAGUUCUACACCAGCGCUGCUGCCGUGGCCAUGCUGAUCCCUGCCUGGAUCUUCUUCAUGGACGUGCCCAUGAUCGGGAGGAGCGGGACAAGCUUCAGCUACAGCCAGGACAUGGUGAUCCUGCUCCUGACAGAUGGUGCCCUGUUCCACCUUCAGAGUGUCACUGCAUAUGCCCUCAUGGGGAAGAUCUCCCCGGUGACAUUCAGGCCCCGUGCAGCUGCACCCGGGUGCCCACAGGACUCUCCAGGCCGGCUGCACGUGGCCUGGGCUGAGCGUCCCCUGCCUCUGCCCUGUUGCCACAGCGUCGCCAGCACCGUGAAGCACGCCUUGUCCAUCUGGCUCAGCAUCAUCGUCUUCGGCAACAAGAUCACCAGCCUGUCAGCCGUCGGCACCAUUCUCGUGAUGGUGGGUGUCCUGCUCUACAACAAGGCCAGGCAGCACCAGCAGGAAGUCAUGCAGAGCCUAGCCACAGCCACCAGCUGGGUCCCCGAGGACGAUACAGAACCAGUGGGUCCCCAGGACCCCAGACAGCAUGUUCACCCCUGAACAUGGGAGGCCCCUGGCUGCCUGGGCGCUGCAUGCUCCCCCUGCCGCUGCAUGGUCCCUGGAAACCAGCCAGGGCUGCCCCCUGCAUUACACAGUGGGCUGAGGGCCAGAGGCUCGUGGGACACAGACUCCACUGACAGCUGAGCACUGGAGGAGGGACCAGCCUGCACCCCCAGGCUGACCAGGCUGCAGCUGGGCCAGACCCCACCACCUCUGAAGGGACUGCUGGGCCACAUGUGCCCGGGCUCCAGUGCCAACACGAGCUUCUCCCUGCCUGGUGCCAACAGAGACCUCAGCUCCCACACCAGCCACCACAGGCCCCGAAGCUGCCUGGUCCCCAGCCAUCCACAGACACUGGCCACAGUGUCCCCUGUGGGCUACCUUCCCAGGUGCCAGACCUGAGCAGGUGGACAGGUCCCUAAGCAGAGGUCUCAGCUGCUGAGAGGGGGCUAGACUCCUCUCUCUGCUUCAGAGCUGUCCUCAUGGAGGGCCCUAUGGCUGCCAUUUGACCCCAUAGCCACAACAUCGUGUGACAGGGAUUGUCCACUGAAUUGCUCUGUGAGGGGAAAAGCCACCCAUCACAGCCUGGCACCGUGCCCCUCACCCUUCACAGCCUGGCACUGAGCCCCUCACCUCUGGGGGGUGGUUGUUCAUUCUGGAGGCUGAGGACAGAUCUCUUUGAGGGGUUAGCUCCAUUCACAUCUCAGACUCAUGUGUGUGAAGCAGGCUGUUCUGAGGUCCCUGAUCUCCUGCUGGACCGCCCUGCUGGACUCCGCGGGGGGGGGGGGCAGCUGAGCAGGGGAGCCCUUGCAGAGCACUUAGCACUCAGGUUAUGCUGCGUGACACUCGACUUUCCAACAAAGCUGCAGCCACAUGGCUUGUGGACCUGGUGUGUCAGGUGGCCAUGUCCAGGCACAUGGCCAUGGCUGCCCCCGAGGGACCACGAUAUGGUAGCGCCCCAGCCACUGGGCGGACUGAGUCUCAACUGGGUACUAGAGCUGCAGUCAGGCUGGCACUGGCUCUGCCCUUCGUCCUGCUGGAGUCUGACCUGGGUGCAUGCACUCUUUGGCCAGCCAGUCUGAAACCUCUCUGUGCCCUGAGCUUGGGCUUGUGCUUGUGGGCUGCAGCCACUGGCACCCACUGUUCCCGGGCUUAUCCCCUCACCACUCGUCAGGUUAGGGGCAACCAUCAUCAGCUCACUGGUUUUUCAGUUGGUUUCUCAGCUGGGGAAUAGGAAAACAGUUCCUCCCAGAAGUAAACUCCCAGAAACAAAGAGCAAUAAUUAUGCCUCAUUUCUUUCCACCUACUUGAAAAGGGUUUUUAAUGAUGAUGGAUCAAAAUGAGGUCUUUUAAUCCACAAGCCGCCUUGUUAAAGAAGCUGGCCUGUGUGCGAGGAUGGGCCAGCUGUGUGCUCCUGCACGCAGGGUCACCUCCACUGUGAAGAUGUUUUCCUGUGUGAUUCUGCCCAGGUUUCUGUUUCCUUCCUCUUCUGCUUUCCCCAAAAACUGAAGAAAAAGAGGUGGAGGUGGCAUUUGGGUGGUGCUGUUGGAUUGAUUUGCCCUAAGGCCUGGUCCACUCCCAAGCACAUGCUACCAAGCUCUGACAGAGUGAGGGGCAGACACUUUUGAGUUUGCUGAGAGGUCCAGGCGCCUGGCUUCCGAGUAUUGUUUCGAAUUUCUGGUGCACUGUCUCCUGUGGAAUUAGGAAGUUGCCUGUUGUGACUCACCCCUCCCCUCCUGCUUCAAAAGCAGCGCUCAGCUUGUUUUGAUUUCCUUAAAUCACUAGCAAGCAAGGCAGUUCCUGUAACGAUGCUUUGGAGACCUCCAUGCAUCCUGGGCAGGAAGAUGGUGGAAGCCUAGCUUGGCCAACACCAAGCCCUCACCCACACGCACCUUCCUUCCCAUCUUGCACCAACCCCUACUUCUCCUGGCACUUCUAGGACAUUCCCAAGGCCUGGCUUGGCCCUGUGCUGACGAUUCUCUCUUAUUAUGUCUGUCUAGUCUUUUAUGGAACCAUGACAGAUGUGGUGUGGGAGCCCAGGUGCUGGACCGCUGCUGGGCUGGUAACUCCUCCUGUGGCCUUGGUCUGUGCCUUGUAAACAGCACACCAACCAGACCUUCCCAGUGGGGUGUCUGCUUCUUCCUUAACCCAUACUUAGAGGUGUAUAGAUUUCAAAUAUUGAAACAACUUCCAUGGGGGCUGGGGAGUAACUCAGUGGUCGACCACUUGUCUAGGGUAUGCAAGGCCCUGGGUUCCAUCCACAGCACUACAAGGGAAAAAUGAAAACCUCCACUACUAACUGCAUAAAAUGCUUUUUAAAAAAAUCUGAUAGUCAUAAUUUUCUGUAUAUCAGCAUUAAGAGUCUGCCUGCUGGGAAGUUGAGAACACUCUUGCACAAUUCAAAAUGUGUCUUUAAUUUUUGAAAAAUGAACAGUGAGUCAGAGACAGUUUUAAAAAAAUGCUACAUAAAGAAAUCAGCAAAAUAGAACUGCUUUGUAGCAUGUCUUAAAAUACUUGUCAGAAACUUGUGGGCUUAGCUUCCCUGUGAAUGACCACUAAAAUGGGUCAGUGGACAGCAGAGGCACAGCAGCUUUUAUACCUGUCCAAGUGAUGGGCGUGUGUGUUUUGUUUAGGUGCUGGGGCACUCCAUCACCAAGCUACAGCCCAGCCCUUUUUAUUUUUUGAGAGAGUCACUAAAUCACCCAAGCUAGCCUCAAACUUGCCAUCCUCUUGCCUCAGCCUGCUAAGUUGCUGUGGUCACAGGUGUGUGCUACUGUGCCCAGCUCCAAGCAUUGUGCUUUCUAAGGUCUGGAAGUAUUUACACUGUUACCCUGGGUUGGAAAAAGUAAGCACCUAUGUUAUCAUAGACAGAAAUCAAUUUUUAAAUUUUUUUUUUGUAGUUGUAGAUAGACAGAAUGCCUUUACUUUUUUUAUUUUUUUUUUUAAUGUGGUGCUGAGGAUUGAACCCAGUGCCUCAGGCAUGCUAGGCAAGCACUUUGCCACUGAGCUACAGCCCCAGUCCCAAUUUUUUUGUGGGGGUGGGGCUUUCUACCAAGGGCUUCAUUCCUUCUUAAAAUAUGUUCACUGCCUGGUUGGAACUUCUUUUAUGUGGGAUCAAACCCAGAGCCUAGCUCAUGGUAGGCAAGUGCUCUACCUCAUGGCUACGCCCUCCACCUAUUAAAUUAAAAAAUGAGAACAUCCCAGUUUUCCUGAUGAACAUCCUUGCUCCUCUGCCCUGUCUAAGGAGCCAAGAGCAGAUCCUUCAGAUCAUGCUGAUUGUGAGUUGCUGCUAACUGCAACUCAGUACAGAAAACUUCAACUUCACACUCUCUGGGAUAUUUCUCCCUGUUUUUCUGGGGUUCUUGAUUCUGGGUUUGGUAGUUGCUGGACCAUUACUCAGACAUCCAAAUUCAGUUUGAAAAGUCUUUUGUUUUUGGUUUUCAUUUCUGGAAAAGUGCAUUCAGCUCAUUUGCAAUUUCUAAACUAUUUGCAGACAUAUGCUCCUGCCUUCAGGGUAUUGUAGACUCCAUCCCAGAGGACUACAGUAGGGUGACAUUCCCACGCUGAAAAACUUGAUAAUCAUAUCAGUAAUUGCCUGCAUCAGAGCCAAAUUACAUUUGCUUUAUACCAAACAAGACUGUGGAGAACUAUCAUACAAAACGUUUAUGCUGUUUUGUGUGUCACCAAUUUCAGUAUUUAUGUGACUAGAUUAAUGCUUUCAAAAAAUUUGGUUCUCUUAAAUAACUUAGGUGAAUCCCUGUUAAUUCCACUCUGGUAAUAAAUUGGUACUGUGUAAUUAA